CGAGCUGGUUGCUGCCUCACCAUCAAUUGCUAACAACUAGCUGGAUGAGACGCUGGCUAGCUCGUCUGACACGUAUCUAAAGCUUGUUUGUCUUUUUUUUGGGGUGUGUUUUAUGUGAUCUUACACAUCUCAGCGAUCCUCCAAACGACUACAUCGAAGAUGCAGUUCAUGCUGCUAUUCAGCCGCCAAGGAAAGUUGCGCCUCCAGAAAUGGUACGUUCCUCUCUCUGACAAGGAGAGGAAGAAGAUCUCCAGAGAUUUGGUUCAAACCAUCCUGGCCAGGAAGCCCAAAAUGUGCAGUUUCUUGGAGUGGAGGGAUCUAAAGAUUGUCUACAAGAGAUAUGCCAGCCUGUAUUUCUGCUGUGCGGUGGAGGAUCAGGACAACGAGUUGAUCACCCUGGAGAUCAUUCAUAGAUAUGUGGAGUUAUUGGACAAAUAUUUUGGCAGUGUGUGUGAGCUGGAUAUUAUCUUCAACUUUGAGAAGGCCUACUUUAUCCUUGAUGAAUUCCUGCUGGGGGGAGAGGCCCAAGAAACAUCCAAGAAGAAUGUUCUGAAAGCCAUCGAGCAGGCAGACCUGCUACAGGAGGAGGCGGAGGCCCCUCGGAGUGUCUUAGAAGAAAUUGGGCUGACAUAGAGUCGGCGUGCCAGAACAAACGCUGCCACACCUUUCUUUUCUCCUCGUUGACCGUCAGUGUUGUACUCAUGUGUACUGUAGGUAUGUAUGUAUGUAAUCAACAUGUCUGUGCUGUAUUUCUCGGAACUGUGCUCCCCUGUACCAUCCCGUGACUGUGGUGGUGCCAAGUGUGGUUCGAUUAUGUCUUUUCUGUAGUGUCGUCUAAUGUGCAAAAUCCUUGAGACCAAUGUAGCAACGGGAACAUAGCCUCAGUAUCAAUUAGUGUUCAUGCAAUCCAAAAAUCCAAUCAUGCCUUUAUGUUGUUGUUCUGCUGCAUCUGAAAAAAGUGCAAGUAUAAUUCAGCUCAUUUAGUUGUUGGUGCUUCAUUUUGGGCAUAAGUGUUGUGAAUGGUUCCAAACCUGCACAUGGGGUACUCAAAACUAAUUUCCAGAAAGCAGAAGCGCAUGUGGCAAUCUUAUGUAAUUAUGAUACAGACCUGAGUGUAAACUAAACCAGUUGCAAAGCAUAUGUUCAAAAUGUGUUGUUUCUGUGGAAGUGUUGUUUGUAAACCUCAAUGCAUUUUUAUUUUGUAACCUGGAGAAAUGAGUGCCCACUUCAAGUCAAGAAAUGUGACCCAAAUAGAAAUAGCUCUAUUUUCCUUACAUUGAUGGUUUACAUUUAAGCACUGAUAUAUAUAUAUAUGACCAAAGAACUGUGUUUUACCUUCUUAAUGGUGUCUAAGGGAGCCUAAUGCCACACAAAAAUGGAAUCUGGUAUUGAGAGAUGUUUGAAGCAAAGUAUUUUUCUUUUCAAUCCAAUGAAACACACACUAUCAAAUGCCCACUUUGCAGUACACAGCAGCAAAAUAAAUUUGGUAAUGUCAUGUUCCAGUCAAAAAGAAAAAAAAAAAGUGCAGCCAAAUGGUGUUUAUUCUAAAACUUCAGCAUUCAUUCAGAAUGUAAAAUUUCUUUCAUAGCUGCAAAAGAAACCAUUUUGUAUUCGCCAUCGUAUUGACAUUUAUAUUUGACAGUAUUUAACAAUAAAUGUCUUCAAACCGGA